UCGACGCCAGACAACCGCAAGACGUGGGCCAUUGCAAGACGUUGAAGCGGAAUCCAUGACUCUUUGUGUCUUGCCUUUAUUCAAUGUUUACUUAGGGCGACCGUUGUGGAUUUACAAGCAGACACCGGGAUGGACGCUCGAAAAGAGACCAUUCCACUUGCCCGGUUUGCGUGCGACUUCUGCAAGGGGAAAAAGAUCAAAUGCUCCCGGGAGCUCCCCAAAUGUGCUGCCUGCAAGCCUUGGCCAGGACCAUGUCACUACUCACGGCAGUAUCUCCAGCCCACUCUUCCCAGACUCGAACCAAACACCGAUUCUCAAGCUCGUGAUGCCCAGGGGGCCGGCGCCAGUUCAUUGCCAGAACGGCUCGAUCGGAUUGAGGCAAGCUUAGAGAAGCUCACGAAUGCCGUGAACAGCUUGUUAGCUGCUUCAAAAAUUGGAGAUGUUCAGAAGCCAGAGCUUGAACAAACCAAACCCGCAACCGCUGGUUCUGAGGGAGACAUCAAAGUGUCCUCGACGCAUCUGGGGGCUGCGCGAGGUGGCAACAAGCGGAGCUCCGUACCGUCACACAUCUCCUCAUUGAACGAAGCGCAUCAUCUAGGCGCCACCCUUUCUCAAGUGUUGUCCCCGCCUGAGUAUGGCCUGGCCGUCAAGAACUUGAAGGAUUUGAGCGAGGCAUUUACCUCGUUUCGGAUCGACACAUUACUUGAAGUGCCUAUCGAAAAUGAUUCUAAGAGCUACCUUGUGCCAGACAGCGAGUCGGGCUACGAGAUUAUGGCCAAAUUCCGGUCGCUCCUUGAGGCUUAUCGCCAGUUUUUCGAGCCUCCUUCUGAGGAUGUUCUCAACCGAGUCAUCUUUCGACCAUCGGAGGCGCCGGCGGGCUGGGUAGUCCUAGUCAAUUACAGCCUCCUCACAAUCUCGGGUUGGAAACCUGACGAUGGUCUCGCAAGUAUGUUUCGAUGGAACGUGAGGUUAGCCUUACAAAACGCUUCCUUAUUCCUUCUGCCGUCGCGGACCAAUCUUCAGGCCUUGAUGCUCCUUGCUUUCCACGGCGAAGAAUUUUCUGCUUCCCCGAAUAUCUCGUGGAUGUUGGCUUCCAACCUGUGUCUCCAGGCGCAAGCCCUCACACUCCAUAAGCCAGGACCGGAACUCGACGAGGUGAGCCGACAGCGCCAGUUGGCCUUAUUCUGGGCUAUUUUCAACUGUGAGAAAGCCUGCGUGCUGGCCUUCGGGCGCCCUACGCUGCUACCGACUCAUUUCUAUCGCGAAGUUGAGCUGCCAAGCUUCGAAUUCCUAGCUCGAUAUACCCCUCUUUUAGAUGAGAGCUUUCGCGGCGGAACAGACUAUACCCGCUCGGCUUUUGGUGCUUAUCUAUUCCUUCGCAACACCGAGAUGUCACAGCUCAUUGGUGAGAUCAUCGAUUGUAUGGUCAUGAAUCAGGACUAUGAGGAGCUAGAGGUCUUGAUGGAUAUGCUCGAUACUUGGUACAGUGAGACAAAAAAGAACUUCUUUCAAGGACUCGCAAGCGAAAACGGUCUUCUUGGAGAACCAGGAGCCGCCGAGAAGCGGAUGUUUGGACAUACACUGACAUUUCGUUAUCUCCACUCACGCAUCGUUCUCACCAAAAAUCUGCCUACAUACAGCAUGGCCCGCAUAUCGUGGGCAAGGCAAGCAAUCGACAUUCUGCACGACAUCAUGUCUUCCUGGGAUCCGAUAUACAACGGUAUUAUAUGGCAGCUCCUAUACUACCCCUUUACGCCAUUCCUUGUUCUCUUUGGCCAUGUUGUGAACAAUCCAAAGGACCCAGAAGUUCAAGGCGACCUACAACUUCUGCUCUCAAUUCCCGCGUACUUCGCCAAAUUGAGGUCGCGGUUGACCCUACUACACCAAGUAGCAUCACGUCUGAAACGCACCGCCGAAGUCUUUACGGCCCUUGCCCGAAGGCAUGUCGAGCAAGCAACGAGAUUGCCCGGCAGCGGCCAUAUUGGCCUCCGGGCAAGCAACCCAUGGCCGGAGAGGACUGAGGCCGAUAAGAUUGGCGACAGCUCCAUGGAAAGCCUCCAUUGUGAAAGAGGUUCCGGAGAAGGCUACAGCGAGCCUGUCCAUGAUAUCUCUCUUGAUGAUAUCGACAUUGACAGGUUCCUCAGUUGGAUUCCUGAAUCAGUGCCGGACAGUUUCUCUUCGGGGACCAGAAACAAACCACUGCAGGACGUCGAAGAUGCUUCAGACACUGUCCCCCAGCCGCCUCAGGGACAGAAACGGCCGUUUGAUGCCGCUUUUGAUUGGUUCUCGUGGGAAAAGUAUUACUCGGAUUGUUAAGGUUGCUUUUCCGCAAACAGUUCCAAACUUAUUGUUGUUGAUCGCAGGGGUCACAUGCCAAGCCGGACUCAGCCGUGGCUUACAGCUGACCAUUGACCACUGA